GCUUCCGGCUCGCCUCGGAGCCAUGGCGACCGUGGGGGGAUUGAGGUACCUAGUGCCAUCAGGCAGAUGGCGCCGCGGCCUUCGAGUAGCCCCCCAGUCCCGGGCGCUCGCCUCCCUCGUGCCCGGCGUGACCCAAGUAGACAACAAGUCCGAUUUUCUGGAGAAGAGGCCGCAUCGCCAGCACCCUGGCAUCCUGCAGCUACCGCACGUGCGGCUGCCGCGGGCACUCGCUGACGCUGCGCAGUUACUGCUGCUCGAGAGCGCCGUGCCCAGUGUGGAGAAACAGGUGCAAGCACUGACCAAUUAUCUCUGGAGCCGACAUUUACCUGCAGAGCCAGAGGAGUUGCAAAGACGGGCUGUGCACCUUGAGAAAAAAUUCUUGGAAAACUCGGACUUACCUCAGACAGAGGAGAAACUUCGUGGAGCAGUUUUCCAUGCCCUGCGCAAAACUACCUACCAUUGGCAAGAACUGAGAUACAAUGAGGGACUGAGCCUGGUAUAUAUGGCAGCAAGACUGGAUGGUGGCUUUGCAGCAGUCUCCAGGGCAUUCCAUGAGAUUCGGGCUCGAAUUCCAGAGUUCCAGCCACAAACCUUGAUGGACUUUGGCUCAGGUACUGGUUCUGUCACCUGGGCUGCUUACAGUACUUGGGGCCAGAGCCUACGUGAAUAUAUGUGUGUGGACAGCUCAGCCGCAAUGUUGAAUUUGGCAGAAAAGCUACUGAAAGGUGGUUCAGAAUCUGGGGAGCCUUAUGUUCCAGGUGUCUUUUUCAGACAGUUUCUACCUGUAUCACCAAAGGUACAAUUUGAUAUGGUCGUGUCAGCCUUUUCCCUAAGUGAACUGCCCAGCAAGGCUGACCGCGCUGAGGUAGUUCAAACCUUAUGGCGCAAGACACUUCAUUUUCUGGUAUUGGUGGAGAAUGGAACAAAAGCUGGGCACCACCUUCUUAUGGAUGCCAGGGACCUGGUCCUUAAGGGAAAAGAGAAGUCACCCUUGGACUCUCGACCUGGUUUUGUCUUUGCCCCAUGUCCCCAUGAACUUCCUUGUCCCCAAUUGACAGCCUCUAAGCCCCUGGCCUGUAGCUUCUCCCAGGCUUACCAUCCCAUCCCUUUCAAGUGGAACAAGAAACCAAAAGAGGAAAAGUUCUCUAUGGUGAUCCUUGCCCGGGGUUCUCCAGAGGAGGCUGAUCGCUGGCCCCGUAUCACCCAGCCUGUCCUUAAACGGCCUCGCCAUGUGCAUUGUCACCUGUGCUGUCCAGAUGGGCAUAUGCAGCAUGCUGUGGUCACAGCCCGCCGGCAUGGCAGGGAUUUGUAUCGUUGUUCCCGUGCCAGCUCCUGGGGAGAUCGUCUACCUGUGAUCACUCCAUCUGAGUUUCCUCCAUCCCCUUCUCAAGAUCUCCCUGAGAGUUGACAAGGAUGUGUAACAAGUAUUUUCUUCUACCAUGCCUGUCAAGGCAGAAGCUACCUGGUAUCCAGGAUGAGAGUGCUGGUACCCCCAUGUGUCUGUGUGUGUUUGAGGUUUUAGUAAUAAUAAUCAUCAUAAUAAAUUUUUAAAG